GGAUUUUGCCUGGGCCCCGUCCAAUCCAACCAUGAUCCGAGACCAAGAUUUCAGAUCACUUGCUACAGGGUUUUCCUUUUCUGGUAUUGGUCUGGACGAAGCCACGUGCUUGCGACAGACAUGUGGUCUUGGAACGAACUCAGCUUGCGGCAUAUGACUCUCCGUCUUGCUGCAUGGCUGCGGAUUAUUUGAAGAAUGAUCCCUUUGAGAGGGAUGUUGAACAGGCGAUAACAGCCCUGAAGAAAGGGACACACUUAUUGAAAUAUGGGAGGCGAGGAAAACCAAAAUUCUGCCCAUUCAGACUUUCCAAUGAUGAGACUAUGCUCAUAUGGUACUCUGGGAGAAUGGAGAAGCAGCUAAACCUUAUUCAAGUAUCAAGAAUAAUACCAGGACAACGCACGGCUAUCUUCAUGAGACAUCCAAGACCGGAUAAAGAGUAUCAAUCAUUUUCUCUUAUAUAUGGGCAGAGAUCAUUAGAUCUGAUCUGCAAAGAUAAGGAUGAGGCAGAAUCCUGGUUUGUUGCGUUAAAGGCACUUAUUUCACGACGAUACUGUAAGUGGACGAUAGGAACAAAAAAUGGUAAAGCUUCUUAUAGGCCAACUAACCAUACGCAUGGAGAUUCACCAUUCGCAUCUCCAUGUUCUAGUACUGAAGUUGAAAAUAAGGCAUCGGAAGGCAUCCAACAAUGCAGCACAGAUUAUGAUGCUCGUCCAUUUGCUAAUUUUGGGAAUAUUUUUUCUGAUCUGAUAUUAUACACCGGGCAGGAGAAGACUAGAGUUAGUACAGGUUCAGUUAGUACUUCCAGCUCCACUAUAUCUGGAAGUGCAGAUACAUCAGAUGAGGGAGUAUCUGGAAUUGAUAAUAAUGCCAGAGUUAGCUAUUCAAGUACAGUAAGUUCAUGCAGCUAUGGAUCAGGUGAUGAUUUUGAUUCAAUGGGGGAUGUUCUCCUUUGGGGAAAGGGAGUAGGUGAUGGCAAGCUUGCUUAUUCCUCACAUUUACGUGGAAAUCUGUAUGGUUCUAGGAUUGAUGCAUCUUUACCAAAGGCACUUGAGUCAGCGGUCUUGCUGGAUAUUCACAGUAUAGCUUGUGGUAGUAAGCAUUCAGUUCUGGUUACCAAACAAGGAGAAAUGUACAGUUGGGGCGAAGAGUCAGGGGGCAGGCUCGGACAUGGAGUUGAUACCUAUGUUACCCACCCUAAGCUUAUUAGUACCUUGAGUGGAAUUAAUAUUGAAUCCGUUGCCUGCGGGGAAUUUCAUACAUGUGCUGUUUCCUUUUGUGGGGAUCUCUAUACAUGGGGUGAUGGGAUGCACAAUUUCGGCCUUCUUGGUCAUGGGAAUGAUACUGCUCACUGGAUUCCGAAGAAGGUCUGUGGCCCUUUGGAAGGACUGCACGUCUCCUCAGUAUCAUGUGGGCCUUGGCAUACGGCCGUGGUGACAUCAGCAGGGCAAUUGUUCACUUUUGGCGAUGGAGUAUUUGGUGCAUUAGGUCAUGGAGAUCGCCAGAGCACAAAUGUUGCAAGGGAAGUGGGCUCUCUAAGAGGCAUGCGUACUGUACGUGCAGCUUGUGGUGCUUGGCAUACAGUUGCAAUUGUUGAGGUUGUAGAUUCUCUAAAUUUUGCUACAUCUUGUAAACUAUUCACAUGGGGAGAUGGGAAUAAAGGUCAGCUUGGACAUCCGGACAGGGAAGCAAGGCUCCUCCCAGCCUGCGUGGAAUCACUUUUUAAGGUUAUUUUCUGCCAGGUUGCCUGUGGAUAUGACUUCACCGUUGCUUUGUCAACUUCUAGGAAAGUGUACACAAUGGGCAGUAAUGCCUUUGGACAACUUGGAAAUCCAACGAAUGAUGGGAAGCUCCACUCUAUUGUAAAAGGGGGCAUCUCCAGCCGUUCCGUUGAAGAGAUAGCCUGUGGUUCUCAUCAUGUUGCUGCGCUGACUUCUAAAGCUGAAGUUUAUACUUGGGGCAAGGGUGCAAAUGGUCGUUUAGGACAUGGCAACAAUUUUGAUCGGAAUACUGCAACUCUUGUUGAAGCUUUGAAAGAUAAGCAAGUCAAGAGCGUGGUAUGUGGUACAGAUUUUACUGCUGUUGUAUGUUUACAUAAGUGCACAUCUGGUUUAGAUCAGUCAAUAUGCUCUGGAUGUCAUUUACAAUUUGGUUUUAGAAGAAAGCGACAUAACUGUUAUAAUUGCGGAUUAUUAUAUUGCAAAGCAUGCAGCACGAGGAAAUCGAUGAAAGCUUCUUUGGCUCCGAAUUUGCACAAAACAUAUCGGGUAUGUGAUGAGUGCUAUACCAAACUUAAUACCGUCGGGGAUGUUAUGAGUCUGCAGAGAUCAAAGCUUCAUGAUGGAAACCCACAUCAAUUGUCAAGUGGAGCAACUGAUAGAGAAAACUCAAAUAAGAAUUUGCGAGUGCGACUUUCUAGGUUUUUGACUAUGGAACCAUCCAAGCCUGAAGGAAAACACUCACGGAGUAACAGCCGGUUUCCUCUUCAUCAUUCAGGAAACUUAAGCCUUGGCAGUAUAAACUUCGUUGGCGACUCUAAAGAGGUUAUUUCUUCAUGCAGUCCUACCUCGACGACAUCACCUUUGUCCUCUGGACUGAGUUCGCCACAUUUUACUAACAGAUUAACUACAUCUGGCCUAGUUUUACCAUCACCAGACUCUGCCUGUACGUAUAUGUCAAACAAGAAUCUGACUGAAGAAGUUGCUAGAUUGCAAUCACAGGUGAAUGAGCUCAGGGAUAAGUCCAAAUUACUUGAAGCAGAACUUGACAAUACUAAUAAUCAGUUAAGAGAGGCCAGGACUAUUGCUGAUGUGGAGAACUUGAAGUGCAAAGCAGCAAAAGAAGUUAUCAGUUCCCUUACUACUCAGAUCAAAAGUAUAACCGAAAGAGCACCUGAAGAGUGUGCUGUCAAUGAAACCUGGACUGGUCAAGUAUCCAAGUCGUUAGGAAGUCAUCUCGGUGAGAAUCAUGGGAACGAUGUAUCAAGGUCACCUGAUUCCAGUGUCCAGUUGGCUCAUCAGUUGCCUUGCAAAGGAAACAGUAUAGAUAUGGAUUGGAUCGAACAGGUUGAACCCGGUGUAUACAUCACGCUAUUCUGCUCACCAGCAGGUCAUAAAUACCUCCGGCGUGUCCGUUUUAGCAAAAAGCACUUCAGUGAACAACAAGCAGAGCGAUGGUGGGCCGAACACCGACCUACUCUACAACAACAGUACGGUAUCCUGACUGGAGACAGUAUCAUUCCGUCAAGAACGUCCCAAGAAAAGGGAUAGGAUUUGAUCAUCGGCUAACUGGUGUAAACCGUAAAUUUUGUCGCCGGCAAAUGUUCAGUCCACUUGCCAGGAGGAUUCUGUGGGCGACCAGUUUUUCUUGUGUCCUCCCAGCAGAUGCAUUGGAGCAACGUGAGGUGUAUAGUAUAGAACUAGAGCUCACUGGAUCUUUGAGCUUACCCCGGGAUCCUGCUUGAUGUAGUCACCUAUUGUUAAUCAUGUAUGUAGGAUGUGUUGGCUGAAAUAGUAAUGUGAAAGUAUUCAGAGGACGUGCUGGAACUUUGAAGUGAAAUGCUUGGGCUUCAGGCUGAAUAAAUGGGUGGAAAAUGCUUAGUUUUCAGAUUCUCUGACCGAUUUGUUCAGGUAAGCUCAUGAGUGUUGAAUAAAUGGGUGGGAAAUGUUUAGUUUUCAGAUUCAAGAAUCAAGAUUACUUGACAGGAUUUGUUCAG